UGGUUCAUCAACAAUUUUCCUUCAUAUAUUUUCUUAAGCAAGCCAAGCCAAAUUACUAAUCAUGUCCACUCAAAUCUUAGCAUCAUCAUCUCAAAAUGAAAAAAUACAUAAAAUUCUUCGGCCUACAAAAAAAUUUCAACCAUCUGUUUGGGGUGAGCGAUUCUUACAUUACAAUAUUUCAGAACAAGAAUUGCGUUAUAAACAACAGGAAGUUGAGGAGCUAAAAGCAGUGGUAAAAAAAGAAAUAUUUGGAGAAUCUGCAUAUGAUGUUUCUCAUCAAUUGAAGUUAAUCAACGUCGUCGAACGUUUAGGAUUGUCCUAUCAUUUUGAAAGUGAAAUAGAAAAUGAGCUAGAACGCAUUUAUAAUAAAAGUAUUGAUCAAAAUUACAUUUUGAAAGAUGAGAAUUUACAUGAUGCUUCCCUUCGGUUUAGACUUCUACGACAACAUGGAUUUAGGGUUUCUUCUGCAGAUAUAUUUGAAAAGUUUAAAGAUGAGGAUGGAAACUUUAAAGAAUGCUUGGUAUCCGACACCAUUGGUUUGCUUAGCUUAUAUGAGGCCUCACAUUUGAGCUGUGUUGGGGAAAAUAUAUUAGAUGAAGCCCUUGCUUUCACGACCACACACCUAACUGAGUUCUUGGCAAACAAAAAAGAACAUGAUGAUCCAUUAUCGAAAGAAAUAUCCCAAGCUUUAGAGAGACCCUUGAGAAAGAGCCUUGAGAGGCUAGCUGCUAGGCAUUUCAUUUCAAUAUAUGAAAAUGAGACCUCCCAUAACAAAGUAUUGCUACAACUUGCAAAGUUAGAUUUCAAUCUAUUACAAUCAAUGCACAAAAAGGAGCUUAGUGACAUCUCCAGGUGGUGGAAAGAAUCAGACUUUGUACACAAAUUCCCUUUUGCAAGAGAUAGGAUUGUGGAACUAUACCUUUGGAUAUUAGCAGUCUAUUAUGAACCCCAAUACUCUUUGGCAAGAAAUAUUUUAACCAAAAUUAUUGCACUCGCCUCAAUUGCUGAUGAUAUUUAUGAUGAAUAUGGUACAUUUGAAGAACUUGAGCUCCUUACUGAAGCAGUUGAAAGGUGGGACAUAAAUUUUAUUGAUAAACUCAGUCCAGAGUAUUUGCAAACAUUUUAUAAGGAACUUUUGAACUCUUAUGAAGAAUUUGAGCAAGUGCUUUCAAAGGAAGAAACUUACAGAGUUCAUUAUGCAAAAGAACGGUUUAAAGAAUUACUUCGAUCUUCUCUGGAAGUAGCUUGGUGGUUGAAAGAAGGACGUGUUCCAAGUUUCGACGAGUAUUUGAAAUUUUCUUUGAUUACUUCUGGUUACCACAUGUUGAUAGUGAGCUCUUUAAUUGGAAUGAAAAGUAGCAUUGUAACAAAAGAAGUUUUCGAGUGGCUCUCUAUAGACCGCAAGAUUGUUAGGGCAUCUGUAACUAUUGCUAGACUCAUGGAUGACAUAGCUGAACACAAGUUUGAGCAAGAGAAAAAUGAAGAGCCAUCUGCAGUGGAAUGCUACAUGAAGCAAUAUGGAGUUUCCGAAGAAGAAGCAUACGAUGAACUUAAUAAGCGAGUAGUUAACGCAUGGAAAGAAAUAAACGAAGAGCUUUUAAAGCCAACUGGUGUAGCUUCACCUAUAUUAGUCCGUGCUCUUAAUUUCUCCAAGUUUAUGGAUCUUUUCUACAAAAAUGGUGAUGGCUAUACACAAGUUGGAAAAGUGACCAAAGAUAGUGUUGCUGCGUUGCUUAUUCAUCCAAUUCCAUGAUAAACCUAUCAUACUAUUCGUAUCUAUAUAUAGUAUAUAUAUAUAUAUUUAUAGCAAGACUCUUAUGAUUUAAGCUUGUUAAAAUUAAUAAAUAAAGUUGUUUAUUUCUCAUCAA